CAAAAAUUAAGUGAUUUAUUGACAAUAUCGAAAAGUGGAUGUAGCAUGGACACGCACCAAAAUGUGAUAUUUAUCGAUACAGUCGAUAAGUGGAUGGUAUCUUCGUAGUUCUUAGAUCCACUUUUGGUGAUGAAAAUCGAUCCCAAGUAAACCCUACGGUGUGAUCGCUCUCGGGCUUCUCUCUGCCAUGUCUAUGGUUUCAGCAAUGGGGAAUCCCGACUGCCUUCUGUUUUCGCUUAUCUCGAAAGAUGAGACGACCAUUGUUAUCCAUUGACUCGUCGCUGCUGAUGUAGGAAAGACGCAAUAUCACGCUGAUACGCAACGCUUUCUUCCUCCGAUUGAUAUCGUGCAAGAACGUGCUGCAUACCACCGCCCAAGAUUAAUUUCAGUUUAUGUUCUGUUUAUUCAAUUUGUUAAGAUAAACAAACUCGACACAUCGAGCUAUUACAGCCAAUUUUUUUAAUGCAUCGUAAGACAACGCCCAACUGAGUCACAGCACACACACACCUUUAUCUCCGUGCUUGGUUCGCAAGACGAUAUUUUGUGUUUCGCGAGAGAACAGCAGCCCAAGCUUGCCAAAAUGCAUAAAUGUUUCUUUGAGCGACGUAUAACGCAUUAUAAUAGACAGUGGUAUUGUUGUUUAUGCGAGACCACGUUACAAAAUUUUAAGGAGGCGCAACAUCAUUCGGAAAAUGCUCACUCGACUAUUGACACUCAAACGUCUUAUUUCCUGAAUAAAUUUGAUACAUUAACAAUCAAGAACUGCAAAAUAUUAAUAUAUCACGGUAUAGUAAUAAGGGACAUACAGCAAGAUUUAUACUUCUGUGUACAUUGCCAAUGUUUGAUAUCCACUUUACAUAAUUGUUACCAACAUUUAAAGAAAAAAGCUCACCAAAAGUAUAUGAGCACCAUAUCAAAACAUUCUACUAAUGAACAACAAAACUUACAACACACUACAAAUAAACAAAGCAAUAUUUGUGUUGAUGUAAAAAAUUCAACUGAAACAAACGUACAAUCGAUCUGUGAGAACAAGUUAAAAACAGAUUCCUCAAAUAAUUCUGCACAAACAGCAAGUGGAACUAUUGCAAGUGUACCUUAUGCACUAUUGCAGGAAGCUGAAACGUAUAAACAUUUCUUAAUGCAACAUACAGUACAUUAUGGACAAUGGUACUGUUGUCUGUGUGAGUGUAUGUUUCAAAGCUUGACCGAUAUGUUGUGUCAUUCACAAGAAAUUCAUCCAGACAUUGGUACUCAGAUAUCAAAUUUUCGGGAGAAGUCUAACGAAUCAAUGAACGAAGGUCUAAUUAGUCAAGAACUAUCAAAUCAUGAAGUGGCAAUGAAGAAUAUGCCACAAGAUUACUUUUGCGUACCUUGUCAACGUUCUAUACCUUCUUUAGAUCAUUUUCACCAGCAUUCAAUUGGAAAAAUGCAUAAACACGCGAUCAUAUCUAAUGAAAAAUGUAUAAAUACUAAUACUGCACCAGAAGAACCUGCAAAUAAACGACAAGAUGUGAAUAACGAUAAGAUUGACGAUAAAGAUAUUUCUGUCAAUGCAUCUAAUGAAAAUGAUUCAAUCGGAAGUCUUCCAAGCAACUUUAGAAAAGAAGAGAAAGGCGCAGUCUCCUUAAAGUCUUGCAACGAAAAUACUAUUACAGCGAUACAGUUAAAUAAUACAAAAUUUGAUGGAACGUUAUGGCCACAAUAUACAUGCACAGAAACUGCGGCGGAGUAUACUUGUGAUCUAUGCAAUAAAAGGGUCGAAGAGAACGACAUAAUAAGUCAUGAAAUAAUAGUACACCAAAGUGGCAUGAUGUGUUCUAUGAGGUACAUCCACGAUUGGUUGCCUGCAAUUAAAGAUUUUAAUGUCGCUAUUCGUUAUCCAUUAUUUAGAUGCUCGUUCUGCAAUGAGAUAAUACAUGGUGUAUUGGCAUUGUCAGUACAUUUUGUGAAACACGAGCAUAAGGAAAAUGUUGAAUCGUUCAUCAACAUUAAAAGACGAGAUUAUGACAGUUGUAAAGACGUACAAAUUAAUGUUGAGCCUCUAGAAUUUUUAAAUAUAAUCUUUUUUGAGAAUAAUGGCGGGACUCUUCAAGUUAAAGAGCAACCUGUGAUGCGCAUUAAAAAUCAUUGUACAACUGGUUACAAAAAUUCGAUCAAGAAAUUGAUUUGUUUCGCCUGCUCAUAUAAUGUUAAAAAUACCCGCGACGUAAUUAACCAUUUAUGUACAACAUUGGAACAUUUGGAGCACUUUAAAAGUAUUUCUCUUACAUACAAUUAUUUACUUGAUAUAUCGAUAUCUAAAGAGCAUAGUAGUAAUGAAGCACGCGAGAUAAAGUUUCUAACUUCUAGAGAAGAUAUAUCAAUUGACAAUGGAUCACUCCAAAAACAUAAUAUUAACGAAACGCAAAUAAAUACAGAACAAUGUAAUAAUCAUAACUUGUUAUCUACAGUAAAUACCAAUAAUAAAAAUGACGGAUUGCGUCAAAAUAAAGAAAAGACUUCUGGCUUUUUUACAUCUUUUGAUAUAUUCACGGAAAUUAAUACAUCAAUAAAACAUAUUAAUUUACCACGAGCUGAAAACAAUUCUGUAAAGAAGUUGAGUACAGAAUUUAAUAAAACGAACAAUCUGAAUCGUUAUAAUAAAAUGUAUAAAUCAGAAUUUCUGGAUUUUGAGGAAAUUAUGUUUGCUUGUAAUGAAAGGAAGCUGAAGGAGAUGAAACAGAAUCUGGAAUUUUUUGUUCCCCAUUUCGAUAUAAUGCUUUGUCUUGUAUGUAAUGAUCCACAGUUGUGCAACGCGCAGAUGAUAUACGAGCAUAUAAAUAGUGAAGAACACAUUACACAAUUUGUAAAACUACAGAAGAACAAGGAACACCUUGAACUGUUAAAGGAACUGAUGCAACCUAUAAAUGUUAGAUAUGCCAGAUGUUUCGCUUGCAAUAAGGAUGUACAUGGAAGAAGUAAUAAUGCAUCUAACAGUUUAGAUUAUAAGUACCAUACACAUUUUUCUUCGCAUAAGAAAGCAUUCCUUCGCAUUCGUGAACAAUUUCUUAAUCAGACUGAGCGCAUAUUGGAAGAAUUUCAAAAUUUGUGGUACAACAUCCAAUACUUCGCUUGCGUCAAGUGUGACAUGAGAUUCAAACAGAAGAUAAGUUUUCUGGAACAUCUCGAUAACGUACAACAUAAAAGAGUCUUAAAGAACAAAGAUAAUUCGAUGUUUGAUUUCUGCUUAACGUGUGCCACUUUAUGGUACAAGAAUGAAAAUUGCGCUAAAGACUUCUGUACAAGUUAUCGAAAACACUGUCAGAAAGAAACACAUCGAUAUUUACAAAAGAGUUACGGUUUUGCAGUUACAUCUCUACCGCAGUCUCUGAAAAAAUUAUUGGAAAAUGUCAAUAAAACUGCUGCUAUUCUAUUUGAAUCGUCGGACAAUGUUUUAAAAAAGGAUCAUAAGGCGAUUCAACUUACAAAUGCUUUAAAGCACAUUUUCAAGACUCACCGGUUGCCCGUGGAAGUAUGUAUGUCUGGUUCAAGGGUCACUGGCUUAGCAUUGCCACACAGCGACAUCGACAUAUAUGUUAACUUCGGUGACCAAUGUACCGAGCCUAAAUUGAUUAAAAGCAGGAGUAAACAAAUUCGAGAUUGUUUACGUGCGGACAAUGACAAUUGGGAUAUAAUGUUAACUUUGGACAAUAGCAGGACUCCCUUAAUAAAUGUAAAGCACAGAUUGACAGGAUUGCAGUGCGAUAUCUCAUUUAUGAAUGGCCUGUCCGUGGAAAAUUCCCUGUUUAUUAAGUCUUUUAACAUGGGGUAUCCGCCUUGUCGAAAAUUGACGCUGUUUCUGAAAAAGUGGCUCUCAAUGGGACAUUUGACUGGUUCAACUGGAAUAAAAAAUUACGCUCUUGUUUGGCUAGUCAUCUUUUACCUGCAAAUCAAAUUUAAAGCGCCAAGUAUUGCUACUUUGAUCAAAAGCCACAAUUGGUCAAAAAUUACUUCUGAAUGGAAAACCGGUGUUGCCAAUACUAUUCCUAUCGAUAUACCCGAACUACCGAUACAUGAAUUAUUAAUAGGAUUCUUCGAAUAUUACGAAAGUUUCAAUUACGCACGCUUCGUUGUAUGUCCAUUAUUAGGCGAGACGUGCGAGAAGAGAACUUUUGCGGAAGUAUCAACAUUACCUAAUUCUAUGGAACAUUAUAUUGCACAAUUGAAGAACACGAAACGUGAAUUUUUUCGGAUUGACUCAUCUAUGUGCGUUCAAGAUCCAUUUGACCUCUCGCACAAUUUAACGAAGGCUGUGCCAAUUUUAACGCUCAAACGAUUUAAACAGUAUUGUAAUGCAAGCUUAUCAAUAUUACGUAAUGUUUCGUUAAAGGAAAAAAAAUUAAAUAACAUAGUUUUAUAAGUUGCUUUAAGGGGAUUAGGCCACCCUGAAAAAAUUUUUUUGCCAUUUUUUUUAUUCGCUUAAUUGAUAGUCUUAAAAAUGACAUUUUAUUGGUUUGUGCAGUGAAUUGAACAAUUAAGAUAUCACUUUCUAUCGCUAUAAAAUAUAUAAUAGAUAAAUUUGUUACAAUUGUAUAUAGGGUUGCCAGAUGCGAAAUGACUAUUUCCGGGACAUUUUUAGGCCACGGCUGAAAAGUAGGUUGUUAGAGUAUUUUAGUUAAGUUUUUAAUGAAUUAGCGACCCAUGAGCAUAUAUAUAUGUGUAUAUAUACAUAUACCUAGAACCUUACAUAUUUAGGGAUAAAAUAAAACAAGUUUUUGUGAAAAAAUAUAAUAUUUAUUGCUACAGAGUAGUAUCGGGCGGACGGCUAAGAGGUGGAGAGGGUACCGCUGUGCACUGGCAAUGGCCAAAUACAUUAAUUGGGUAUCACUUAGAGACAUGAAUGUUAUGAUUUUGUUGAAAUUCUGAUUUUCCGGAACAGAAGACAUCAAUUACUGGACACGGGGCAAGCUUAAGAAUUCCGGGACUUUCCCGGAAAUCCCGGCCAUCUGGCAACCCUAAUUGUAUAUAAGUCUAAUUACGUCAUAUACUUUAGUACUUUUUACUUUGUAACUUUAUUUCUUAUAUUUAAUCAAUAUGCAUUUAUACGAAUGUUUUCGUACAUUUAAAUUAAUAUAACAAUCGAUACUUGGAUUGUUAACAUAAGAUGUGAUUUAAGAAGCACGCACGCACACACAUUAGAAAGAAAUUCUAAUUUUAUAUACGCGCGCGCACGAGCAUGAGAAAAAGAAAGAAAUUAAGGCAAUUAACAUGUUCAUUCGGUUUAGCAGCGCUAAGAAUUUUGAAUAAAAUAUUUGUAUAAA